AUGGCGGGCGGCUUGCGGCCUCCGGGGGGUGCGGGAGCGGCACAGAAAGAAGGGGGCCGCCGCAGGCAGAAGCGCCGUGGCAUCCCGAGCUUGCCCGCGCCGCCAGCCCCCGACCCCGAAAGUUUCUCCAAAGCCGGGAAAGGGGUUUCAACACCCCUGGGGGUGCGUCUCAGAGGAGCCGCCCACCCCAUCCAGGGGUCACCCCCCAAUUGUUUGUCUGUUCAGAUGCUGAAGCCCCUGGUGGAGAAACGCCGCCGCGACCACAUCAACAGGAGCUUGGAGGAACUUCGCCUGCUCCUCCUGCAGAGAACCCACUGCCAGACCCUAAAGAACCCCAGAGUGGAGAAAGCAGAGAUACUGGAGAUCGCGGUUGGAUACCUGCGGGAGAUGAAUUCUACCAAACCCCAGGGAGCGGAGUUCUCCGAAGACCAAACCCUGCAGACCUGCUACAUGAUGGGAUUUCGGGAAUGCCUCCUAGGCCUGGCGGCCUUCAUCCAGCAGGCUCAUCCAUCUGUCCAGGUCCAUCUUUUGGACACGUUGCAUCUCUACCUUGCAUCCAAGCCCGAACCCCACAACCAAGACUGGACCUUUGCCGGCUUCUCUCCGAGUCCUUCCUUGGAGUCGCCUCCGAGGACUCCCGAGAGCUUCGGCUCGCCCCUGAAGACGCUGAGCGAACCGUUACGGAGUCCGGACCCUCCCUGCUCCAGCGCAGGACAACUCGUGAGCCAGCAAAGAGACCCCCAUGAGAGCACCCCCAAAAGGAUGCUCCCCCCAGUCGCUUUCUGGAGGCCUUGGCCCUAG